UAAGCUCAGAGAUGAAACUAAAUCUGCUGGAUUGUUUGGGGCGUCUGUGGAUCUCACACACGGGGGUGAUGGUGAUGUCUUCAUCUGAACCUCUCAGUCUCACAUACGUACAGCCGUUAGUAAAUCCAUAAGGUAAAAUCCUUCUUGCUGACUCAGGAGCUGAAGUGAAAGUGGACGUUUGCAGGUUAUAAAACCUUUAGACAUGUCUGAUCAGGACCCUCAGUCCAACCAAAGCCGAGCUGAAGCCAUCGCAGGAGAGAAGACAGGAACUCUGUAGACGAUAUGGGAGGAAGCUACAGCAAAAGACAGUGGGUUCUCCUGGUAUCAGGUUCUAAAGGCUGGGAAAACUACAGACAUCAGGCCAACGUGUGCCACGCUUAUCAAGUGGCACAACAGAGUGGCGUUCCAGACCAACAGAUCGUGGUGAUGAUGUAUGACGACAUCGCUAAUAAUAAGGAAAAUCCCAUUCCUGGAAACGUUAUCCACAGACCCAACGGUCCGAAUGUGUACCCUGGGGUCCUAAAGGACUACACUGGAGAGGAUGUUUCAGCUGAAAACUUCCUGGCUGUACUGCGUGGAGAUUCAGCUGCAGUCAAGAAAACAAGAACAAAAAAAGUCAUACAAAGCUGUAAAAACGAUUCUAUCUUCGUUUAUUUAUCGGAUCAUGGAGCUCAUGGAAUCUUUGGAUUUCCUCAUUCCACUCUUUAUGCCCAUGAUCUCAUUAACACAGUGAACACGAUGUCAUGCAGUGAGCAGUUCUCAAAGAUGGUGAUUUAUCUGGAAUCAUGCCAUGCUGGAUCGAUGCUGGACAAGCUCUCAGACAGAAACGUGUACUCCGUUGGCUCAUGCGGUCCUGAUCAAUACGCUUACGCUUGGUUCUGGGACGGGAAAAGAAACACCUUUCUUGCCGACGUCUUCACUAGUUACUGGCUCCAUCACACUGAGACUCAAAAUCUCAGCUUGACUUCUUUUGAGGAUCAGUUUUCCUACCUGAAGACGAACGUGAAUGAGGCUGUGAGGAGGCAUGUGGGAAAGACUCAGGUGCCGAGUAACUACGGGUACAAGGGCAUGCUGAAGUUAAUGUUAAGUGAAUUUUUUGGAGACUCCCCGUCCUCUGACCGCGAGACCUACACGUCCCAACCCUUAAAUGUCCAAGUGUCUGAUGUAGUAAAGACUACUGAUGUCCCACUGAUAAUCAAAAAGAACAAGAUUAAAAAUGAACAGGACUCGGAGAAAAGACACGAACUGCAAAGACAAUAUGAUGAUCUUAUAAAUAAGAGGAAGAUGGUGGAUGAAGCGCUGCAGAAGAUUGCUGAGCGCACAAACGCUUUAGGAGCUCUGACUGAAACACGUGAAGUGUCUCACACGUACGAGCUCAAAGUCGCGGCCGAACAUUUCAGGACUUAUCUCUUCGACUGGGAAAAGGAGCCGUAUGUUGUCACUCAUUCACACUUGCAGGUUUUAGUGAAUCUGUGUGAGAGUGGUUUGGAGGUAGACAGAAUCACUGAAGCCAUUAGUCACGUGAGCCACCAGAUUACUUUCUGA